GCUAUUCCUUGUUUUUUAACAGAGGAAGUUUGCCGCCAAUUUGAAAAUGCCGGUGUGACAGCCAUUGUCACGCUGCCGAUGUUGCUGCCCGUGGCGGAAAUGUUCCGAUCGAAGGUGAAACAGUACAAAGGAACGAUCUGCAUCGGGGGAAAGCAUGAUCUCGAUAAGAACAUCUAUGGAUUUGAGCAAUUUUUGAAAGAAAAUCAUCGCAGCGAACUCCCCAACAUCGAUUGCCACAAAACGGCCAUUCUACCGUACUCGUCCGGUACGACAGGAAUGCCGAAAGGUGUGGAACUGUCGCAUUACAAUCUCGUAGCCAACAUAGCACAGGGAGCACAUCCUUCGUUGUCGAAAUAUUAUCAACCAGAGUACAUCGAGAAGAAGGAAACCAUCUUAACCAUACCGCCUUACUUCCACAUUUACGGCUUGAACGGUAUUUUGCAUACUGUGCUUAAGUGCAAACACCAUAUCGUUUCGAUUCCCAGGUAUUUAUCUAUUUUCUAUCAUUUCUAUCAUUACCAAGCCUAG